AUGGUUUCCCAAUAUGCUGUUGCAUACAGAGGAAUUUUGAGAGAGCUCAGGAAAUCGCUGAACCCGAGCCGCAAAGUCAACCCCGUCAUCAGAAACCAAUUCCGCGAAGCCGUGGAAGGGUACCGCAAAGCAAACAACAAGGAUGGCCUCACCGACCUCAGUCAUACUGUGCUCUUCCUAACGUCACAGAGAGAACACAAGCGGCUCUUGGAACGGUACAACCCUCUGAUCGACUUUACAGAGCAAGAACGCAUCAAGGCGACUGCCAGAAGAGUUGGUCUCGAUAUCCCUGAAGUUCCCAAAGCAUCCAAAGGAGAAGAACCCCACCUCCUCAAACAAGCAGCCCACCACCUAUGUGACCUCCAUGAAACUGUUGUAUUCCCAACGGAAACCGUGUACGGACUAGGAGCCGUCGCCACAAAUGGAGACGCAGCAUCGAAAAUCUUCUCUACUAAAGGCCGGCCACCCGACAACCCUCUCAUCGUCCAUGUAUCGUCCGUCACCAUGCUCGAAUCCCUUCUUCCACCAGGAUAUCUUUAUCCAAAGGCUUAUCAAGUCCUCAUGAGGCACUUUUGGCCAGGUGCCUUGACCCUGUUGUUCCCUCGCAACGCCGAAACUAUCCCCAGCAUCAUCUCCGCCGGACAACAAACGGUCGCCAUCCGUAUGCCUUCCCAUCCCGUCGCACGAGCACUCAUAGCUGUAGCGGGAAAACCUCUCGCCGCUCCAAGUGCCAACACCUCCGGAAAACCAAGCCCGACAAAAGCAGAGCAUGUUGCGAAAGACCUGGAUGGCAAGGUUCCGCUUAUCAUCGACGGUGGUUCCUGUGGUGUGGGCCUAGAAAGCACUGUCGUUGACGGACUGCACGAAGACGGUCGGAUACGCAUACUUCGGCCAGGCGGGAUAACUGUCGAACAAAUCGAGAACGCGUUGAAGCAAGAGUUCCCUGAAGGUGCGGCACCGAGUGUACUGGUCCAUAAGCGUGACUACCAAGACGAAGAAAUGGAGACCGCCCCGACCACUCCUGGAAUGAAGUAUCGCCACUACUCACCUUCAGUUCCCGUUACGCUGUUAUGCACCAUCUCUAAACCACCACCCGGAUCGACCUCCAUCUCAAUAUCGACAUUCUUGAAAUGCCUUGCACCCAACUCUCGUGUGGGUAUUCUAGCCCCAUCGGAUGCCAAAAUCUGGGACGUUGUACAGACGAUAGAGGGACCCCACUGGCAUCGUUUUCCGCUGGGCCCAAGCAAAGACCCUGCUUUGACAGCUCAGCGUCUAUUCGACGGUUUGCUCACCUUAGAGGGCGAAAAGGUAGACUUGAUCCUGAUUGAAGAAGUUGCCGAGGAGCACGAAGGGCUGGCGGUGAUGAAUAGGGUGCGGAAAGCUGCUGGGACGACGGAAUGGAUAUCCUCUGAUUAA